AUGCAUAUGCAACGGUUUUGUGAUUGCCUUCGGUCAUGUUUUCUUCUUUUAUGUUGUUGGUGGCGAUCCAACAAGGUGUCAGCGGCGACAGAGACGCGUCAGAUCGAAGUGGGCGUGGUGACGGAGGGGGGGCGGCGGAAGCACAACAAGAUCAAGACGUCCAAGUAUACGCUGCUCAUGUUCCUGCCGAAGAACCUCACGGAGCAGUUCCGCAGGGUCGUCAACUUCUACUUUCUGAUUGUCACCGUCAUCGCUAUUAUUAUUGACAGUCCAGUGUCACCCUUGACGAGCAUAGCGCCGCUGAGCUUCAUGGUGAUGGUGACGGCGGUGAAGCAGGGCUAUGAGGACUGGCUCCGACAUAAAGCUGAUAAUAAGGUCAACAACAAAAUCGUGGAGAUAGUCCACAAGGGGGUCAUCAAGGAAGUACGUAACUCGACCGUGGCCCCGGGCACCCUGGUCCGUGUGAAGCGCGGCCAGGAGGUGCCGGCGGACCUUGUUAUGCUGUGCGCCGCGGGGGAAGGAGGAAAGUGCUUCGUCACGACCGCCAACUUAGAUGGGGAGACGAAUCUGAAGACGCUGAGGGUGCCGCCCCCGUUGGUGGGGUAUACUGCCGAUAUUCUACCGCAAGGAAUGCGUAUUGAAGUCCCGAAUCCGGUAGCGGACUUAUACACGUUCUACGGACGUCUAGAAAUUCCUAGAAUGGACAGUCUGCCUCUCACUCCAGAUAAUAUCAUGCUGAGAGGUUCCCGGGUGAAGAACACGGAGUGGGCUAUCGGCUGUGCUGUGUAUACGGGGGAGGAGACAAAACUGGCGUUAAAUUCCAAAUACUCUGGCAACAAGUUCUCCUCAAGCGAAGCGGCUGUCAACUGCUUUCUUGUCUUCUUCAUUUAUCUUCUGGUGAUAGAGAUGGCCUUCUCAUUGGUAGCGAAGGUCAUUAUAGACAAGUGGAACUACCAGAGGCAAGCGUAUCUUGGAACACCCGAGGAGCAUCCCUUGAACGCGAGGAGCAUAUUGCAAGAUCUGUUCUCUUUCCUGCUUCUCUACUACUAUAUUAUACCGAUGUCUUUAUACGUCACUAUAGAGCUAUAUAAGUUUAUUGGUGCCCUCUUCAUAGGCUGGGACGAGGAGUUGCGUUGUAACGAGACAGGCAGACCAGCUAUAGCCAACACCUCAGACCUCAACGAAGAGCUCGGUCAGGUCGAAGUGCUGUUCUCGGACAAGACGGGCACUCUGACCAAGAAUCUGAUGAUCUUCAAGGCUUGCUCCAUCAAGGGACAGAUAUAUGAGGAGAGGGACUCGAAGUUGUAUGAUACGCAAAGAUUUGACGAGCCCGCUGAUACUUUUCAGACAGACAUUAAAUUUUUCUUCACAAUCCUCGCUCUGUGCCAUUCCGUGCAAGUUUCUAGCGAGGACAUGAAAAAGUUGAGCGCGCGGCUCUCUGGCCACGGGAAUACGCAGCUUAUGAACUUUUUUCGCAAGAAGAAAAGUAGCAAACCGGGUGGCAGAAUCGCGGAUAAUAUGGCUUGGAGUGGCCUGAACGAGGGCGGCAGUAAGAUGGACUACCAGGGGAGCAGCCCUGACGAGAAGGCGCUAGUGGAGGCUGCAGAUAGAGUAGGAGUCACUUUCCUAGGGGAGGAAGGCAAUAAUUUGCUCCUAAAGAUAGGCGAGGACACGGAAAUGUAUGAAAGAUUGCAGAUCAUUGAGUUCACUUCGGAAAGGAAAAGAAUGUCGAUCAUAGUUCGAGAUAAGGAUGGAAAGAUAUGGUUAUUUUGUAAAGGUGCUGAGACCUCAGUCUUCCCUAUUUGCAAAGACACCGCUCUCAUCGAAGAGACAGAUAAAGACAUCAGUGCGUUCGCUGUGAAAGGAUUAAGAACUUUAGCUAUAGCGUAUAGAGAAAUACCCAGUGAAGAGUACGAGAAAGUCGGAGAAUCUAUAAAACUCCUCGACGGCAAAAGUGCAGAGGAACUACAGCAGGUGACGCAGCAGUACAGAGUUUUGGAACAGCAACUGACGCUGAUCGGUGCGACAGCAGUGGAAGACUGCUUGCAGGACGAUGUGGCUGAUACUCUCGCUGCCUUACGAGCUGCGGGCAUCAGGACUUGGGUGCUCACUGGUGAUAAGGUAGAAACAGCGAUAAACGUCGCACAAUCCUGCGCUCACAUCUCAGAGAGUGACCGACGGCUAUUCCUAGUUGACGUACAAACUGAGGAAGCCAUGUUGGCUCAACUGGAACACUGUAACAGAGCCAUAGAGGAACCGAGCUAUAGGGAAGUGACUCUCAUAGUAGACGGUACAAGCAUGAGCCAGAUUCUCGACACGGCGUUGGCGGAUACCUUCGUCGAUAUAUCUCUGAAAUGCCACGCGGUUCUGUGCUGCAGACUGUCGCCUAUACAGAAGGCUAAAAUAGUAAAAUUAAUAAAGAACAGCAACGAACAUCCGAUCACAGCGGCCAUAGGUGACGGUGCGAACGAUAUAUCGAUGAUACAGGAGGCGCACGUUGGCUUCGGAAUAUUCGGGAAGGAAGGCCAUCAAGCUGCUAGGUGUGCAGAUUUUGCGUUCACAAAAUUCUCGAUGGUGAAGAAAAUGCUACUAGUAAUGGGACACUGGUAUUACCAGAGGCUCGCCACACUCAUACACUACUUCUUCUACAAGAACCUAGUCUUAGGUAAUAUUAUGUUCAUGUUUCAAGCAACCUCGGCGUUCUCAACGCAGUCGAUAUUCGACUCUAUGUAUCUGACUUUCUACAAUCUGUUAUUUACGUCUGUACCUUGUCUGCUCCUGUCUGUGACGGAACAGCGGUGGCCGGCUGAUCUCCUGCUAAAGAACCCAACCCUGUACCGGGAGAUCAGCAAGAACAAGCUGCUCUCUUGGCCGUACUUCGCGGCGUGGGGUCUGUCCGCAGUAUACCACUCGAUCGUCGUUUUCAUGUUCUCCUGGGCCAUAUUCUGUAUACCCGUCAUACAUACGGACGGUAACACUGUUGACUUAUGGUCAUACGGCGCGUGCUGCUUCCAACUCCUCAUGAUAGUGGUGACGCUCAAGCUGUGGCUGCAGGCGCGCUACCAGACCGCCGUGUUCAUACUGACCGCUGUACUCUCUUUACUCGCGUACAUGAUAUUCAAUACUGUGUACUCGCUUAUUAACGUGCGAAUCGACGGAGACGUCCUCGGUACCUACACGAAGCUCCUCACUUCGGCUACAUUCGGUUUCCUCAACGUCAUAGUUGUAGUUGCAGCUCUAACACCAGACUACGUCACAAGACUCAUAUCGGACAAGUGGGGGAGACGGAACGUUAGCACGAGGCAGCCGCCGUUAUCGGUGUUCGCGACCAGACUAUAG